ACCAAAUCACAGUAAGCUACGAACCCCAAAUCCUGCCAAACGUCAUUUCACAAAGGUUCAGUGUGUCCCAAAUCGUUUCCAAAUUUGUAGCCAAAACACGCGCCCUCUUCGUCACGAUGGCCCCGCCAGCGGGCACGCCCCGCAUUGACAACCGGCCACCGCUGAUGUUCGUCGAAAAUGUGCUCAAAACGGCCAAGAUGGCGCGGGACGUGGAGCGCCAGUGGACGAUCGUACGGGAAAACAAGGAGCUGAUGAAACGCAUCAAUCAAAUCUAUCGCACCAAGGGCUUCCUAAACGUGAACUACAACUAUCGCGUGCACCAGAGCCUCCAUUCGACGGCCCGCGGGCGGAAGGCCCGCGCGAUCGAGCGUCAAAAUCAAGCCCUGCUCAAUCGGCUGCUGCGCCGGAAGGCAACGGUGGACAGCAAUUUGCCGCGCCGGAAGCGAACCCCCAACUGGGUGCAGGUCGAUCAGCUGCACCGGAUGACGAUCGAAUUUUGGGAGCGCACCGAUCGGCGCUUGUGUCAGCUGUCGAUCGAGCUGUGCCCGGGGGUAUCCUUCGAUGCGGUAAACCUCGGCAGUGGGAAAUUGUUUCGCAUCUACGACGGCACGCUGGUGGUGAUACGGGCGGACAGUGUCCACUCGGAGGAGGAUUUACGAGCGGCGUACGGUACGCUGCGGCACCUGGAGCGGGGCAGCUUCGUUAAGCAGGUGGUGGAUGGGAGAGAAUACUAUCUCAUUACGCUGCGCACGAUUGGGCGGAUCGCCGAAGGGAAGCUGGUGGGGCGCGUGAAGCCAAGCUCGAUGGAAAAGCUGGACCUGAUCAACUCGUACGGGUCCAAGUUUGGCCGGUGCAAGGAGCCGAUCUAUUUCGAUAGGGUUAGAUCGUGAGCAUAAUUUAAGGAAACUUGUUGGAUAAAGAAGCACACGUUUAGCUAAGCAGACAAACUUAUUUAGUGCCAGCAAAGAAAGGCCUUAGUUGUUUUAUUUUAUGAUUUUGUAUUGAAAAGUUAGUCUCGAAAAAAGCUACUCUCCAGCCGAAACACCGAAAGAGCCGAUUAAAUAAAUCAAAUUAUUUAAAGUCA